UGUUAUGGUUUCGUGCGAUGGUAUAUAUACCUUCGACAGCCUCCUCCAUGACAUUCGACUUCUUCCCUCUUUAGCUGGAAGCCGACAAGGGAUCCUUCUCCUCCUCCUCCUCUUCCUCGACGGGGUAGUUCUUCGCGAAGCUAAAAUGAAGAUCGUUGUGCUGCUAGGCCUCUUGGCCAUGGGGUGCGCCGCCCCUCAAUUCACGGGCCGCCGGUUCCAGUUCAACCCGACCCCGCGGCCUUUCCGGUCCCAGUUCCAGCCAGGCCCUCCACCUCCCCAACAGUUCCAGCCAGCUCCUCCUCGACAGUUCCAACCCCUUCCAACACCUCAACCUUACUACAACCGUCCCGUUGCUACCAUCAGGGACCUCCGAGAGGACCACGGUAACGGCCACUUCCGCUACGAGUUCGAGACCGAGAACGGCAUCCGAGUCAACGCCGUUGGAACUCCCGGCUCCAAGGGACAAAGCAACAUCGCUGGAGGAUUUAGCUUCCCAUUCCCCGAAGGAGGAUCCGCACAGCUGACCUACGUCGCUGACGAAUUUGGGUACCGCCCCGAAUCCCCACUGCUCCCCACCCCCCACCCACUCCCCGCCCACGCCAUCGAGCAGAUCCGCAUCGCGGAGGAGCAGCGCGCCCGCGGGAUCCGAUGGGACAAAUAAUAAUGACCCAAAAACCGCACCAGAGAGAAACCGCCGCCGCCACGAAUGCCUCCAUUAUCUCGUGUCGGAAUCGUGUAACCAGGCGAUGAUUGCAUCCGGUGUAAGGGCAACGUGACUUUGACAUUUUGGAAUAAACAUGAAGCUUUUCUCCCAACUGCAUUUUUGCUGCUUUCGUUUUCUCUAAGUGAUUUCUUUAUAUGUGAGCUUUGUCAAGUGCGUCACUGUCUUUUGCUUGUUGACCUGCAAGAAGUUUCCCGAUUUAUAGGGUAACUUCGUUCCACCGGGUUUCAUUCAAAAUUGGGGAAAAAUAUGCUUUUUGUUUAAGUUUCCAUUAAAAGUUGUAUGAAAUUUCA